AUGUCUGGUGCAGAGGUCGUUGGCCUGGCGCUGGGCGCAUUGCCCCUCAUCAUCAAGGCCAUAGGGCAGUACGAGAUCAUCAUGGAUCCCAUAAUCACAUACCGCAAAUAUUCGACCGCAUUGCAGACCUUCAUGACCGAAUUAAAUGUGCAAAGGGACAUCUUUCAUAAUGAAUGUAUUUGGCUUAUUUCAAGAUUCGUCGAUGGGCAUGCACUGCAAGACAUGCUGAAGGAUCCUUCGCAUGACCUACGAACCCAAAUAACGCAUGACAAAGAGCUCCAGCGCAAUGUGGCCAGAACUAUCGGCUCAUCAGCCCCACAAUUGAACGAUGUAUUGAAGUUGAUCAUUAUAUCCUUAGAUGAUAUCUAUGAGGAAGUCAAGGAUCUUCCAAAUGGUCUUGCAAGGCCUCAAAGAGAAGCCGAUGAUGGUGUCGAUCUGAAAGCCUGGCGAUCACAUGUAAAACAAAAGCUGAAACUUGGAUUACGCAAAGAAUCGUUGAAUCAGAAAGUGAACGAUUUGCGGCUACGAAAUCAGGCAUUCCUCGCUCUUUCCAAGCAAAUCAUCCGUUUCAAUGCCUCUUGGGUUCCAGCAGAAAAACCACAGGAGGCACAAUCUGCCGAAAAGACGCUAGUGAAAAUCGAAAAGCUCCGCAACGCUUCUUGUAUGCUGUUUCACCAUUUGGAGAAACUGUCGUCUUGCUCAGCGCACCUGGAGCAUUCUACAAAUCUUCGCCUAUGCCUCGAAACUUCAGAGCUUUAUCUAGAUGUUCCACCAAAGAUGGCGUUUGAGAUGGCGGUGACAACUUGGGACGUAGAUCUCCCAACGGCUGGACAUCAAAUACCAGCACUUCUUGCGAUCGAGUCGGCGAUCGAAACGACCACCUUCACAAGGGCGCAGGGCAAAGCUACGAUACGCUUUGCUGAGCAGCAAGAAGAACAAUUCGAGCCAGCGCAAAUUCAGCGACAGCACUCUGCCGGUAUCCAGAAAAGAGAGAACGAACGGCGGCGGGGAGGGAGAUCCGGCAAGCUUUCAGCGAUGUGGAAAAAGAUACGCGGCAACGAGGAACAGACUGCCUCAGCCCAAUCCUCCCACAAUCUUCCAGAUCGCACCGUUACUAAGCUUCCCACAAAACCCGCAGGCCCUGAGGCAUCGCAAGACCAACAGCACCCUGCCAAAGCAGCUGAGUCUGCCGCACGUGAGUCUGCCGCACGUGAGUCUGCCGCACGAGAUCUGGGCUCCGUUAACGACCUCUGCACACACAUCGUAGAAGUCACAAAACCGAUAGAAAACGCGAAUAAAUGCAUCGGCUUCCUCCCUGGUCAAGGCACCGACCGCUACUUGGUCUACAAGCGUGCGAACCUGCAAUUCACCCAAGGUGGCGCCUCGAAUCUCUCUAAGCUCAUCGCCAGCCACCGCCGACAACAGAUAUUCCCAAAACCAGACAAAUGGCGCGUAGCAGGCGCACUUUGCCUAGCAGUACUGCUCUAUCAUUCAACACCCUGGCUGCAGACGCAAUUUCAAAGCGACGACAUCCUCUUCUUCGGCCCAAGCAAUCAUUCGCAGCUGGGGUCGCUGAAGUAUCCGCACUUGCACGCCUUCCGCCGCAAGAGCAAAGCUGCACACCAGAGCCAACUGGCUAAAGAUGGGUAUGUGAAGAACCAAAUGCUCCACUGCCUCGGCGUCAUCCUUCUUGAACUGGAAUUCGAAGACACACUUGAAAGCCUUGUCGCUGAAUCGAGCCUGGACAGCACAGCAUCUGAGACCUCUCUGCCACCGCCACCCACAUUGAUGCAUCACCUCCUUUUCUUGAAACGGCGUGCCGGGACUCAAUUGGGCACACUCUACGGGCGCAUUGUGCGAAUGUGCUUAGACUGCGAUUUCGGGCUCGGACUGGAUGAGUACAGCCUGGACGAUCCGAGGGUGCAGAAGGUGUUCUACUCGCAAGUCAUACGGCCAUUUCAAGAGCGUAUGCCAGAGUACUCGAAGAUUUGGGCAGAUGAUUAG